AUGCCCCCAGCACCGGAAAUCCAGACUGCUGCCCCAAGCACGGAAAUCCAGCAACUACGCCCCCAGCACGGAAAUCCAGCAACAGCCUCCCCCAGCACCAGUAUUCCAGCAACUACUGCCCCCAGCACCGGAAAUCCAGCAACUUCUGCCCCAAGCACCGGAAAUCCAGCAACUGCCUCCCCCAGCACGGAAUCAGCAACUAGUGCCCCAGCACCGGAAUCCAGCAACGCUGCCCAAGCACUGGAAAUCCAGCAACUACUCCCCCAGCACCGGAAAUCCAGCAACUACACCGGUAAUCCAGCAACUACUGCUCCCAGCACCGGAAAUCCAGCAACUACUGCCCCAAGCACCGGAAAUCCAGCAACUGCCGCCCCCAGCACUGGAAAUCCAGCAACUGCCUCCCCCAGCACAGGGAACCCAGCUACACCUACUCCAAGUACUGCAAACCCCAACACCUUGAGUCCAACUCCCGCGAGCCCAAGCACGUUUACAUCAAGGUCCCAACUAGAGACUGCAUUGGGCACGUUGAAUAAUUGUGACGGGGAUUACUCUCCGACUGGACCAUAUGGUGCAAUAUCAACUUGGGAUGUAAGUGGAGUAUCAGACUUCUCCGCUAUCUUUCUAAACUGCAAUGCCUUCAAUGAAGAUAUAUCUAGUUGGGACACUAGCCAGGUCACAAUUUCAGCAAACAUGUUCGAUGGUGCCUCAAUUUUCAAUGCUGAUGUAUCAAGUUGGGAUGUCAGUUCUGUCACUGACUUUAGUUCCAUGUUCAAUGGCGCAACAUUCUUCAACCAAAACUUGAAUGUGUGGGGCUUCAGAAUCUCCAGUACCACCGCACCCACAACAAACAUGUUUGUGGGGACUUCAUGCCCUACAACCACAGAUCCGGACCUCACAGUGAGUCCCAAGGGACCAUUUUGCUACCCUUGAAUAUUGUUCAUGAAAUUCCAAUCCAAAACCUUACAUCAAGGUUCAUCAAGGUUCAUCAAAAAACUACAAACUAGCAUGCGUAUACAGUAUUGUGUAAGCCAUAAGUUUUCAUUUCAUAACA